AUGCAUUCCAGCCUGGCUCCAUCCCACCCGCCCACUAAGCCUGCCACCCGCCGCCCGCCAGGAUGUCAGAACCGCUCGGCCCACCUAGCAUAUCGUCGCACCCGGCUCGGAGCCAGCCAGGCGCCGAGAAAUGGCGCAUUAUGGCGAUCUAGCAGUCUCAUCUUGUACCCACCCAAAGCCACUCUGCACCCACUGUACUCGCAGGCUCCGCUAACAGGCGGCUACAAUAGCACAAUGUACUUCAAGAGGGUGUACUAG